AUGCCACCGACCAAAUUAGAAGUCAUCUUAACGGGGAUCGAGAAUUGGGAUGACUGGAAAGCGUUUAUUACCACUAAGAUUCCGGUAGAUAUAUGGGCCGCUGUCAAGCCCACCAAAAGAACGAAGUCGCUAAUUGACGAACCAACUCGGCCACAAGCAUCAGACUUCUUUGAGACUGCCGAAUCUGAAGCUGAUUUGGACGCCACGCAGAUCAAAGCGUACAAGCUAGCAUAUGAGAUCUGGAAAGAAGACAAUAAAGCUUAUGAAAAGCAAACAGCUGGCUUACUUAAGGCCAAAGAAGCAAUCUUUGCUAGCGUGGACGAGAAGUUGGCCCGCUACCUGGACCCAGAAGACAGCCUAAUCGACUGGAUAGACUGUUUAGCCAGGGCAGCUAAAGCCGAAGAAACGAAGAUCAUCCAGAAGCUUGCACUUGACUAUAGACAGCUACUUCAAUCGUUCGAUUGCUCUAAUCUUAAGUCCUUCGAAGACUGGAUUUGGAAAUGGGAAAAUUACCUACUAAAGGCAGCACGGCAGCAGAUGCUAGAAGUCAAAGAAGGUCGCUGGCUAUUUGACAUAGCAGACCUGAUGGCCAAGCAUAACAUCAGCUUCUCGGACAAUUGCAAACAGGCAGCCAAUAGUACCGCCAAUAUAACAAAGGAGUACGAAAAGGCGCUUCAAUUAGGCGUUAAUCAGAUUAAGGCAAUGGAGCCUCUGAACAGAAACAUAUUAAGGAACGAACACCUUGAGCAGCUACAAACUGCAAUCACAUCCAUUCAGACAGCUAAGAAACCACCAAACUGUAUGAAUGCAGGCCAAGAAUGGUCUAUCGCUGAUGUGGCAGUUAAACUGCGAAGCUGGGCAAGAUCAGCCUUGCCAGCACAGCCAAAGUCUUCAGUCAGACGGGGAACAGCCUUUCAAGCUGCUAAUGACGAAUCCAACGAUGACGCCGGCACAAAGAAGGGACGACCUGGCAGGAAGAGACCUAGGUCGGAAGAGAACCAAGAGAGCAAUAAAAGGCAGGCCACCAGUUGUGAAGCCUGUGGGGCUCCUUGGCACGAUCUUAAUUCCUGCUGGAACGCGAUCCCUGAAUUGAGACCAAAAGGGUCUGCGCCGAACGAGCGUUGGGUUGGCGUUGUUAACAGGGCGUUGGCUAAAGACCCAGAAUUGAAAGCUAAGGUUGACAAGCUGCGCGAGGCUGCGAGAAACAAGGCCAAAGAGAAAGAAGACUCAGAAUGA